AUGGCGACCUCACGGCCAUCCACGGUCAUUUCACAGGCGCAGACUUGGCUUCUUCUCUCGCUCUUGGCCAUAUUCGUCAGCACACUCCUUCUCAAAUCUGCAUAUCAGCCUCCAACUGCGCACUUACAUGAGUUGCGUGACCUGUCCACCUCGCGGGUUCGGCUGAGCCCUGAAAACGAGGUGGUCAACACUGGGUUCCCAGAGGACCUGGGUAACGUGACCAGUCAGCUCAUGCGGAGAGCUGGCGGGGACUACUCGUGCAAAAAAGGCGUGCCCUGCAAGACGCAGGCGUGCUGUGGUUCUUUCUUUGACGACGUUGGGACGUGCGGCUUCGGUCCGACCUUUUGCGGCAGUGACUGUGAUUCUCAGUGCGAUGCGAAGCCUGAGUGCGGCCAGUUCGCCGAUCCUCCUGGGAAAACAUGCCCCCUGAACGUGUGCUGCAGUGAAUUCGGUUUCUGCGGUAGCACGGCUGAUUUCUGUCAGACGGGCUGUCAGUCGAACUGCGUCCUUGAACCCCCGGUUCCUGCUGGGGGAAGUAGUAGCAAGGUGAUAGACAACAAGGUCAUUGGCUACUACGAAGCGUGGUCGGCCAGGAGGAAGUGCAGAACAUUUCCUCCCGAUGGCAUUCCCAUUGAAGGCCUGACGCAUGUAAACUUCGCCUUUGCAUAUAUUGACCCGGAUACCCUGCAAGUCACAAACAUGGACUCGGAGACCCCUACAAGUCUGUUUGCGACUACUACAGAUAUCAAGAACCUCAAGUCUCGGGGGUCUACCCUUGAGGUCUUUGUAUCCAUCGGUGGCUGGACCUUCUCUGAUAACGGUACAGCUACUCAGCCUGUCUUCCCGGCUAUUGCCAGUGACGCAGGCAAGCGCAAGCAGUUUGCAGAUAACCUCGUCUCUUUCAUGAUGCGCUAUGGCUUUGACGGCGUGGAUCUCGACUGGGAGUAUCCAGGCGCACCUGAUCGUGGUGGCUUGGAAGAGAAAGACAUUCAAAACUUCGUCCUGUUGCUGAAAACACUACGUGAGACGUUUCUUGCGUCGGCUCGUGGUAACUACGGGCUGACCUUUACGAUUCCCACUUCGUACUGGUAUCUUCGUUGGUUCGAUGUACCGGCGCUGCUUGAGUAUGCUGAUUGGACGAACAUGAUGUCCUACGAUCUUCAUGGAGUCUGGGAUGAACACAAUCCCAUCGGCUCUAUCGUACAGAGCCACACCAACCUCACAGAGAUCAAAUUGGCAGCCAACCUGCUAUGGCGGAACAAUGUGCCUCCUGGAAAGGUCGUGCUCGGUGUCGGCUUCUACGGGCGCUCGUUCCAGCUGGCCGACAGCGGGUGCAGCACACCAGGCUGCGCAUUCAGCGGUCCCGCCAAGGCUGGUGAGUGUACCAAUUCAGCUGGAACACUGGCCUAUUUCGAAAUCAUGGACAUUAUCAACGCCCAGAAUCCAAAGGUGACACAUGAUGAGGAGGCUGCCGCCAACUACAUUGUGUUCGGAGACAACAAUGACCAAUGGAUCAGUUACGACGACGCCAAGACACUCAAGCAGAAGGUCGACUGGGCAGACAGUGUUGGCCUCGGCGGUGUCAUGAUCUGGAGUGUCGACCAGGAUGAUGCAGACUUCACUGCCCUUGAAGGCCUUCUCGGUCAAACUAUCCCGUCGUUUGAAGAGAACCUCAAGCGGGCCGAGGUCGCAGAUACCAACCACUGGAGCUCCGUGAAUGGCCAGGGGUGUAAAGUCAGCGACUGUUUGAGCGACCUGGCGAACCCGCCUUCAGGUUUCUCAACAGCCCCAAAUGGCAAGUUUCAAGACACUUGCGGAAGUGACAAGAACGGACAGAUGUAUAAGUACGUCUAUUGUCCUACUGAUGCCAUGCCGCAAUCGUGCCAGUGGCGUGGUUCUGGGUCGUGUCACGGCCAAUGCCACACUGGCGAGGUUACACUCGCUCACUCUCCCCACGGUGAUAAGUCUUGUGUGAAGCCAGGGCAGCAAGCAUUCUGCUGCGAGAGCGAGACUUGGUCUAGCUUCACUGAUAAGUGUGGCUGGGGAAACGACUGUGACGAAUGCCCCAGUGACGCGCCUUACUCUGUCAACACGAGGAAGAAGAUUUCAUUCUUCUCAAGUUGCACUCAGCAUUAUUGCUGCCCGUACAACUUCCAGAAUUGCCACUGGGUGGGCAAAGGUACUUGUGACGACAACGAGUGCUCUGCCACUGAUGUCCAGGUUGGACUGGACGACGAGGGAGACACAGGAUCCGUAUGUGUCGGCCAGUGGGCGUCUCGGAAGAAGCCGCUUUGCUGCAACACGCCCGAUAAUCUGAACCCUUUCCUGCCAGUCCCUCUCGAGAAGCUCUUCCCUACAUUGCCACCAUCCAGCGACGUGCCCGCCUUCGACCAGCAGACCCUUUCGCAGCUCCCUACUCUUGUCGGUGCCAAUCCAAACCCUAAUGCUUUCUUCUUUGUGGUCAUCGACGGCCCACCGGGGACUGUUUCCAAUGUCAACAAGCGUGAUGGGUCCCAUCUCGAGUUCCUCACUGGUGGUAUGCACCACGGUCAAGAUGCGCAGACGACUCACUUCGUGUGCAUGGACAAUUCUGCCACAAGUAACUGCAAUGACAUGCAUCUUGACGGCCUCGAGGGCACUGUUCUUCGAAUGCCCGACAACAUGGGCUUCGCGACGUACGCCGUCGCCCAUGCAGCGAGGGAGGUCACCAAUGUCACCCUUCCCAGCCGCAUCGCACGGCGGGCACCACCAGGAGCCAGAGUUUACGAGCUCGAGUACAGUUAUAACUUUUCAAAGGUCAAGCGAGACUCUGGAGAUAUAUAUCUCCGCGUCGACUACUCAGAUACACACACUUAUUACACUGAUAUCGUGCAGGCGCCUCAUCAAAAGAGGUUCUGGAGCACUAUCAGCUCUGUGUGGAAAACCAUCCUCGAUCGAAUUCGCGGUCAGACGUACGAUGAAGACCAGCAGCCUACAUUGAGCAAAGACAACUUCGAUGUCCUCAUUUACGGCGAUGAUGGCAAAGACAAUGGGUGCUCAGGGGCUGACGGGUUCCUUAAACUCAGCCUGUCGGGGUCGAUGCGAAAUGUUAUGCGUUUUGGCUUUACCCUUGUGGGCACUAUUCAACCUUUCGCUCUGGAGGAGGCCUAUGGAUAUUUCGACUCUGAUCUCUACAUGUCUGCCCAGCUAAACUUCGACGGGAAGGGCCACCUUGAUAUCAACGGCGGGUCAGGCGUCUCACGGAGUCUCUUCAGCAGCCCCGUCACCAAGUUCCAGGCUUCUCACCCGGGCAUCGUAUCUUUCUCCCCUGAACUCAACGCAGAGGUCUCUCUUGUCGGAUCCGGGCAAGUGGACGGCAAGUUCAGCGUCAGCUUUGAGAGUGGAUCGUCAAAGACGAUCAAGACGCACGCACCUCCACAGCUGGCCACCUUUGACGGCGACAUGCUGGCCAAUACCAUCAGUGAUGCGGCUGAUGGGUACAUCGACGUUCAAACGCCAUCUUUCAACACAAUCUUCGCUAUGAACAUGAACCUGGAGACAUCAAUGAAGAUGAAGAUCUUUGACUACGGCACCUCCCUACAAGCUGCCGGCGCGACCUUCAGUGCAAGAACCCCACAUGCCAUCCGCAUCAUCGGUGAUACAGGCACCGGUAAGCCCGGCUUGGAGGACGCGCCGCAGCAGGCUUCCUCGGAUGUCGUCCAAGAUGGUACGGUCCGGGACGGAUGGGAUGACGGCACAACUCACGGUAUUGGCUCAAUGCCGAGCCCUGCUGUUGUCCUCACUGGCGGGGAAGCCGCACCAAAUCGCGAGGUCCCAGACAUCAACGGCUAUGCCGUCUUUGGUGACAAGGACUUCAUGACCUGCUCGGAUGGCGGCGGAGGCUCUUAUACGGGCCACCUGGUGUGUUACUGGAAUCUUGUCAAAAACGAUUCUACCAUGGUGGAACCCGAUCCCCCUUACAAGCGCCUGCUGCGGAGAGAGUGGCUCGAGCCCCUAACAGGGAGCGAGAAGGAGCGGCUCGACUCUGGUGCCGGGCAGGUGGAAGACGACGACCCUCUCCAUCGUCGUGCCGCCGGUCCCUCGGGUGGCGCGUCGGAGUCGUACCCCGUGUAUGAAUACCCGGCCAACCCGAACGGGCCGACCAACGCUUUCAACUUCGAGACGCCUACGUAUCCCGCUGGCAAUGACGGGGCGGCGCUUGAUGCUGAGACGGGUCGGAAUGAGAGGUAUGCGCUGAAUGAUCCUGAUGAUUGUGAGGAUACUACCAUCGUGGCGAAUGGCGUGCAGGGUGUAAAUUGGGAAACCGUCGACUCGGACCAUAUCGACGACAGGUCGAUUUUCCCAAAUCACUUUUUGAAUUUUGCGCAGAGUGGUGAACUCGACUUGGCUGAUGAUGACAACAACCCGACUAUAUAUCGAACUGCGAACCCAACCUGGGAUUUUGCCAACCUGCUUGAUUAUUUCGCCGCGGACUACCGCACCUGGGUUCCUGCCAACGUUGAGCCCAACCCGCCGCCCGGCUCCGCUGCUGGUGAUGUCGCGGACUCGAUGGGAUCGACUAACAACCCAAAUGUGAUGGUGAACCUCGAGACCAAUCUCAACAUCCUCAAGGGCCGCAUCUAUACCACAGAGGGUCAGCCGGUCGGCAACGACGUCUGGGCGAUCUGGAUGCAGCACCGAGAACAAGGCCGCGCGCAGGCAAUGCUGUCGGCCCUCCGGGCUAGCUUUGGUAUGUUUGCAUAUAUGCGGGCGAACUCGGGUGUCCGCAACACGGUGUUUGCGGACAGGCGGACGGCGUUGGAGCAGUUUGAUCGAUUUUAUGCUGCCACGUUUCCCAACAGGCCGGAGCGCAUGGUUGCAUUGAUCGACGAGUUCCAACCACAGUGGCAGACGCGGGUGAUUAACUUUGUGACGCGGUCCAUCAACUCACGUUUGGACGAUAUGGUGAACCUUUACACUCCCGAUUUGUCUCUGCCUGUUGGUGACCCGGCAGGAGACCUGGCGAGAGACGUCCUUGGUGCAGUGAGCAGGUUGAGGGCUAGGAUUGCUGCUGAGAUUUCAUUCUAGAGAUGGGUCUAGCCUACCUACAUAACGUCCCCGGCCCACAUUCCGACCACCCC